AUGGCACCGCUCAGGAUUAGACAUCCAAAAGGGGUAUCCACGAUAGAUAUUGACCUGGAGAGCGGAACUGUUCUCGAGCUUCAGCAAGAGAUUCGUAAAGUCACUGGAAUUCUUCCAUCUUUACAAGAUGUCAAGACUGGAUUUCCUCCACGGAGUAUCACGCUCAUCUCAGAAUUGCCCAUUGCAUCACUCGGUCUCCAACGAGGGGAUCAACUGAUCAUCGGAGAGCUCAAGGCCACCCCAACGUCUACAGCGCCAGCCCCUCAGCCACAACCGAUAGAACGGACAAUAGCUUCACAGGGAACGGUCAGAAAGGGAGAAAAUGCUCCUCCACGGCCUCAGCCAGCACCAAAGACAAUUCCUACGCCAGCUCAGCCAGUCCCGACUGCCUCUUCGUCAAGUACAUCGCGCGCUGCGCCUCCUGUAAUUACACCAACCCCUACUGUCCUGGGGCAAGGUGCACAAGGAGACGAAGUGGAGACUGAUUCUGGUGUCGUUGUUCAUCGGAUAGUACCCGAUGACAACUCGUGUCUCUUCUCCUCGGUGGGAAUCGUUCUGGAGCAAGAUAUGGGCAAGGGAGCGAGCCUAAGGCGCGUGGUCGCGGACGCCAUUAUGAAGAACCCUAUCAAGUAUGACGAAGCCACCUUGGGACGCUCAACGGAUGACUAUAUCAGGACUAUCCUCAAGCCGUCCACAUGGGGAGGAGCGAUCGGCGUUGCAGAGCUCUCGAUCUUCUCGGACUAUUACAAGACGGAAAUCACGAGCAUAGACGUCGAAACGGGAAGGUGUGAUCGCUUUGGAGAGGGUCAAUAUGCCAGUCGAGUUAUCCUCCUAUACUCUGGGAUUCAUUACGACGCCGUCUCCCUGGCCCCAAUUCCAGAUGCUCCUCUUGACUUUCAUACCACCAUCUUUCCAGUAGAAGAUGAGGCGAUCCUCCAAGGUGCACUCAAGCUCGCAACCGUUCUCCGAGGCAAGAAACAGUUUACCAAUACGGCAACGUUCGAUCUGCGCUGCGAGAUUUGCAAUGUCGGACUCAAAGGGGAGAAGGGAGCACGAGAGCACGCUACUCAGACGGGGCACACCGCGUUUGGAGAGUAUUAG